GGAGAAACGCUACAACGUUUUUAACUCAGCGCAGUCAAUUUCAGUUGUAGACAAGCGCUGAAGCGACUCGAACGUAUAAAAGAACCGUUAACUAUACUACAUGUUGUAAAGUGAAGUUUUGCCAAAAGACUUGUCGAAUCAUUUAAGAAAAUUUUAAAGUAUUGCAGAAGUUGUUAAUAUGACGCCAACUGCCCAGAAUGCUACGGAGGAAGUGGCUUUAGUCACAGGCGGUAGCGGCUUUAUCGGACAACACUUAUUGAAAUAUCUAUUGCGCGAACAAAAAAAUUUGGGUAUCAAAGAAGUGCGUUCGUUGGAUAUAUUGCCCUUUGAUAAUAAAAUUGGAAUUUCUCACUUAGAGGCACUCAAGACUUUUGUCGGAGACAUUUGCGAGCCAAAGUCCAGCACUGUGCAGGAUGCCUUCAGAGGUGUAAAUUGCGUUUUCCAUUGCGCCGCGCUGGUUAGUAUUGAGUAUCCGCCGAAUUUCAAUGAAUUAGAUCGUGCCAACGUGAAUGGUACCAGCGCAGUUGUAGACUUAUGUGUUCAGCACAAUGUGAAGAGGCUCAUAUACACCAGCUGUGCAUCGGUGUGUCUGGUUCCAUUUAAGGGCUACAGCACUUUCACUAUAGUCAUAAACCAAACUGAGUCAAAGGCCAACACUCCCACAUUUAAUGCACAGGACCCCGUUAAUUUCGACAAAUCUUUCCUGAUACCCGGUUAUUCGUCGUCGAAAUUACGCGCUGAGACUAUUGCAUUAAAUUCAAAUGGAACACUGCUUAGCAAUCAAAUUGAUUACUUGGAAACUGUGGCCAUACGCCCACCGCUCACUUAUGGCGAGGGAGAUGAGAAAUUUGUGCCCCGAAUUUUCGAGUACUUGUCAAGCCGUGGCUUCAGCUAUCCCCGUAUCGCCGGUGCUGGUGGUAAACAACAGCUUGUCUAUGCCGGCAACGUGGCAUGGGGCCAUUUGUGUGCAUACAAAACGCUGAAAGCAUCGCCGAAAGCUAUUGCCGGUCUGCCGGUAUUUGUGACCGAUGACACUCCCAUCAAUGAUGUGACCCGAUUCAUACAGAAAAUGGCACUGCUAGGUGGAAAGUUCAAGAUCAAUUUGUCCAUGUGGUAUCUGCCGCAUUUCCUUUUUUUUCUCCUCUCCUUCCUCGCCGAAAUGCUUGUGCAGUUAUUUUAUCCAGUAACGAAAUUUAAGCUAUCGCAUUCGCUUCGUGCAAUAGCGUCAUUCACAGCGUCGGUGUUGAUGUUCAAUCGUUUGCGUGCUUCGAUACAUAUGGACUAUGUACCGCUAGUAGAACCGGAGGAUGCUGCGCAAGAGAGUGCGACCUGGUAUGCGCGGUGGUGGGAGAGGCAACAUCCAAAAAAUUAUAAUAAAUCUAGCUGAGGCCUUAUUUCAUAGCUCUUAGUGGUAUUCACACAAAGAUAUUAUAUCCAUUAAUUACUUAGAAGCAUAUGUAAAAUAGCAAAGAAAGCGAUAUCUUGCCCUAGUUAAGCACGAAUUAUUAAAUUUGUAUUUUUUUAAAUAAGUUUGAUGGUAUGGGUAAUUAAAAGUAUUUUUACACUGUU